UGCCCCUACUGUCUGCUCUUUUGUUACCGGUACCCCUCCCCUCUUUGGAUCGGAAAAACCGGCCGGUGUCCGUGUAAUUCUACUGUAGACAACUACGCUGCGUUGUACUGGAGUUUUGCCAGGGUAGCUUAUCGGCUUGGGAUCGAUCGAUCGAUACUUUGAAUCAACAGGGCCGGGAGAUUCUACAAUACUUCUCCAACUUCUUAUGCGUCCUACAACGUCUCAAGGAUCUUACCAUUCAUUUUUUCUUCACGUGUGCUUCACGUGAACAGUCUACACACCUUGAAUACCGGCAUCCGGCGUUUAGAUAAAAUUUUGUAACUUAAGGAUAGAUCCAGAGAACUCUACAAUAUGUCUGAUGUAAGCCCAGCUAAAGACUUUAUAGCCGGUGGUUUUGGAGGAGUGUGUACGGUGGUAACGGGGCAUCCACUGGAUACCAUCAAGGUGCGACUUCAGACCCAGCCCACCCCCCCUCCAGGACAGGCCCCCAAGUUUGCAGGAGCAUGGGACUGUGCCAGGCAGACAGUCAUGAAGGAGGGUUUCCGAGGCCUGUACAAGGGCAUGGCAGCACCCAUAGUGGGAGUGUCUCCCAUGUUUGCUGUCUGUUUCUUCGGUUUUGGGCUGGGCAAAAAGCUGCAGGCAGGAGAGAAAACCAACGCUGAGCUGUCGUACAUCCAGCUGUGGAAUGCAGGUAUGUUGGCAGGUGUCUUCACGACUGUCAUCAUGGCACCUGGCGAGCGCAUCAAGUGCCUACUGCAGAUCCAGGCCGAUGCUGGGUCCAAGAAGUAUGCAGGUCCGGUGGACUGUGCCAAGCAGCUGUACAGGGAAGGGGGGAUCAGGAGUGUCUACAGAGGGACGGCUCUUACACUCAUGAGGGAUGUGCCUGCCAGCGGAAUGUACUUCAUGAGCUACGAGAUUCUUCAGCGCAAACUGACACCAGAGGGGAAGACCCGGAAAGAUAUCAGUGCAGGGAGGACACUGUUUGCAGGAGGCAUGGCAGGAGUUUUUAACUGGAUGGUGGCCAUCGCACCAGAUACACUCAAGUCACGCUUCCAAACAGCCCCUGCUGGGAAGUACAAGGGCGUUGGUGACGUGUUGAAACACCUACUCAGGGAAGAAGGACCACAGGCUCUGUUCAAGGGGGUGGCUCCUAUCAUGGUCAGGGCCUUCCCUGCUAAUGCUGCUUGUUUCCUUGGUUACGAGUUGUGCAUGAAGUUCCUGAAUUGGCUGGCACCAGGCAUGUAGCAAGGAGGCAGUUACCAAGACAACAGAGGAGGAAUCAACCAAUCACAUCAAAGGGGGACUGACUGAGAGCAUCGAUCUACAGUAUAAUAACCCAUUAUCGUGAAGAAAGAAAGCUUGUCACAAGUUCAAAUUAUUAGACUGAGGAAAGAGUCAGGAUCUAGGACAUUUGGAGAACUUGAGAUAUUUUUCAGUGACAUGACAGGGACCAUACCAUUGGCUCAGGAGCAUGCAGGGGUGGACAGGACGCUUUUUUAAAGAAAAAAAGUUUUCCAUUGUGUGUUACUAAGUCUUGCCUAAUGGUCAGGGGAGUUGAGCAAAAAUGAGAUCUUCCACUGGUAUGUUUUAGUGCCUACUGAGAAUGGAUGUACAAUGUAGAUAAAUACUGUCCUUUCAAAUCUUAAAUAUAUCACUGGGUUUUUGAGAUAAUGACAACUUAAUUGCAGUGAGUGAAACCUGUAUGUUGAUUAUUGCAGAUAUUGAAUGUAUUGUUAGCAGCUAAGAUAAAGCUUCCUUGGAAUCUGCCCAAAAAACAGUUACACAAGCAACUGGAUAUGAUUUUGGAAACAGUCAGAUAUUUUAGGUAGCAUCCACUACCGUUCGUAAAUUGACACUGGAGAACUUGUGCAGAAAGGCAGGUUUAUAAGCAAGGACUAGUGAUUGAUAUUUUUGGAAGUCCAUGUGGAAACAAAAGUUUUCAUCUGACCGUUUCCAAAGUCUAUCCAGUUGCUUGGCAUAUCUUAUUAUGUCUGUCUAACCUUCACAGACGCUUCUAAAGAAUUGUUGCCAUCUAUAUGUCCGUAACGAGUCAACUAGUUAGUUCAAAAUUCAAAACACCAUGGGAGUGGAAGCUAUAAUUGCUUUGUAGUGGGCUUUAGAGUUAUAUUUUCUGAUGUUAAUAAUGAGAUUUCAAAAAUUGUAACUAACAACAAAUGGGUGCUGAGAUUGGGCAUGCUGAUUUCACUAUUGUUUGUAUAUAGGAGCUGCCAUAGAACAAAUGCAUUUUAGGGUUAUUAGUUCAGUAAGAAAGGUGAAAGAAAAG